UUCUAUUGUAGUGGACAAAGAUGCCGUGAGAUGGAUUGUUUUAAACAGGAUCAAAGAAAAUGGGACAGCAUUUGGUAUAUAUACGUACUUUGUACUACGGAAUCAUAUUAUUUCCAUAUUUAUUUAAUAACUGCAUCACAUAAAUUCCAUAAUCGACAUAGUGAUAUUGUUUUGGCCACUUGAGCCUUUAGCCGUUUAAGUACUUUUUCAUACAGUUCAAACAUUAAUUAACGCAAUUUUUGCAUUUAAUAUACUUGGCACGUUAUAGCCAGGGGGCGAUUAUUACUGUAGUACAUGGACUUCGUCCUUAACCGGAAUGAACAGAACAUUAGCUAUAUAUUAUAUCAUGAAAUCAUUAAAUGUACAUGCAACCGUUAUUUUGUUUUAAUUGUAUUUUAAGUGGACUUCUAUAAAGAUGCAAACAAAGACGACUUUUGGGAAUUCAGUCUUCAAGAGUCAAGUGUAACUAGUUCACUCAGAGAGCCUGCUCAUAUAUUCCUACAACUGGUUUGUAUAUUUCUUGCCAAUUUCAGAGCCUUCGAGGGGAGACGCAGGGAAAGGUACUUCCCCCCACCCCUUAAUUCUCUUAUCCAGAAUUUUACUUAUUUUCAUAUUUAUGCCUUUGUUGUAAAAGCAAUUACAAACAAUCCAUCCACAACGUGCAUGACAGCUAGCGUGCAUGAUUAUAUCGAUAGGAACAAAACAUUUCAUGUUGGAGAAAUACUAUACUGAUCACAUGAGGUUACAAAAAGUGCGUUACAAAAUCUUAAAUUCGUAAGUGCAAGAACACAGCGCGACUUAGUACAUGUACAGCUAGCUCAGUUUGCUGGGACCGGAUUCAGCUCGAAACAAGCACAAUAAACCAGACAAACGCGACUGUAAAAGUAAACUUAUAGCCUUCCCAGCGACCGGUUGUACGAAUGCGUUUCAGACACUAUACUCGCAAUCCACAGUUUAAUUCACUAUCAGCCGGUAACAUUUCGGCUAUCUAGUGGUCUUGAGACAGUUUAAAUCGCUACUUGGCAGAUAAGCUCGAAGUUUAAAGACAAAGUGAGAGAAUAUUUCAGAUAAAAAAGUAUCAGAUUGUGACAAAAAUCAAGCAAACCUACUAUAUAUGGAGUCGAUUUUGUAUUAUCCAAUAAACGUUAAAAAACUCACUUAAAAAUCACCGAACAAUGAAGGCACACGCCCACGGCUUUGCGAAACUUUACUCAGGCCCAUGUCAUGUUUAGACGCGCAUGCAGUAUAAUUCCGGAUAUUUUCUCCUUAUUUCGUAUGGUUUGAAAGUGAGGGAAAAGUGAGCGCCCAAGGAGUGAUGGGAAGAGCUAAAUGAAGGAAGACUCUGCUAGCUACUUAAUGCAAUCAAUAUUGCGUCGUAUAUAAUCGUUUGGAGUUCGGUUCGAUAUCAACCUUCGAGGGUUAAUUAAAACAUGUUUCCACUUCCCUUUUCAGGCGUACUUGAGUCUCCUGGAGUGAAUCCAAUAUCAAUAUCUUCUUCUGUCCAUUUGCACCAAAAUAUGAGAUAUGAGCUGAGCUAUCUAAUCAUAAAUAUCCUCUAAAUUGCAACAUUUCUUUAUAAAAAUUACUCUACCGACCUUCGAUACUCAGAUUAUGAAGAUUUAUUUCAAUUUCUUCCACAUUUCCGUCGAUUUCAAGUUGAAAAAGGUCAAACAACUGGUUUGGUUCAAAAACCAUACUUCGUUGCAUUGGGCUAUUCCAUUUAAUAUCCGUCCCCCCCCACCCCCCCACUGUCGAGGAUCCAUGAAUUCUUCAGGGGUAAAGGGUUUUGAGCUUGGAAUUCUUCAGGGGUAAAGGGUUUUGAGCUUGGAAUUCUUCAGGGGUAAAGGGUUUUAAGCUUGGCAUUCUUCAGCGGUAAAGGGUUUUGAGCUUGGAAUAAUUCAGGGGUUAAAGGUUUUGAGCUUGAAAUUCUUCAGGGGUAAAGGGUUUUGAGCUUGGAAUUUUGGAAUUCUUCAGGGGUAAAAGGUUUUGAGCUUGGAAUUAUUCAGGGGUAAAAGGUUUUGAGCUUGGAAUUUUGGAAUUCUUCAGGGGUAAAAGGUUUUGAGCUUGGAAUUCUUCCGGGGUAUAACUAUGAAAAACUUGUAUCCUCGACAGGGGGACACGGAUAUUAAAUGGAAUAGCCCAUUAUCUGGCACAGCCUUCCCGGCUUCAUUUCGAUCUUCCUAUCACACCGCGCGCGCGCUCACUUUUAUUCAGGAAACUUCAUGUACGUUAUUUGUAAAUACUUAAGAAGGCUCUGCGGAGGAGAGAGUCCCUCGAGCGUGGAUCACGCAAUCCUGCACGGAAAACCAUUCGGUAUUCCUUUAAUAGUAGACUGAUUUAGAAAACACGACGCGAACUGAAAGAUACCGCUUUCGACUGCAAAGAAAUUCUUCACUGAUGCAAAGGCAAAAAGUUUGAAUAAUUUAUGGUUCAACGUUAAACUAAGAUUCCACGUUAUUGGAGCUUGUUGCGAUGAUUUUUUGAGGCAAGCUAAGAAGUAUAAUAUUUGAGGCAAGCUACAUAAGAAGGAAUGUAAUAUUAAUAUCCUUAAUUAUAUAUUGAAAACCUCAUCUUGAUCAGCUUUGUUACUGUCAAAAUUGACGGAUAUAUGCAUGUCAUUAGAUGAAUUGCAAAUUAGUUUUCCUUUGUAUUUUUGCUCCAAGAAUUCAUCUAAUGAAAUCACUAUCCGUACAGUUGAUCAAGGUACCAAAUAUUACCCAUACCAAACCAUAUUUGGGCUUAGUGGCACUUUAAAUUACGCUACUAACUAGCAAACAGACCUGCAAUUUCAUAGCACAAGUCACUGCCCUUGGCUAUAGCUAGAGCCCUAAUUUUGUGUUUCAGGCUUUAGACUUUAACUAAUACUCGAAAACGAGGCUCUAUAGCCAAAGUGACAUACUUUCCUGAAAGGUGUAUUGCCAUUACGAUAAACUGGUCAUUUCGGACAUUCUAUACACGGAGCAUGUUAAUGUUGAAUGUUUAAUAUUUCUUUUAUUAGGUUCGAGAUCUGUUUGGUACCAUUGAUUUCGGGGCCAAAGUUGGUCAAAUAUACCUUGCGGACCUGCCUGAUAUAAAUUUCCUAAAACCAGUAGUAUGGGCAGAACACAAAGACAAGCCCGAGUGCUGUGGUGUUUCUCUUGGCGUGCGAAAGUUUGUUAGACCAUUAUUCCUUUACAUUAAACUAACUCAGUUAAGAAAUCUCGAAAAUGGUCAUAAUGGUGUGGAUCUUAAAGACGUAAAAGCGUAUGAAAGUGCUCUAAAAAGAAAGUACCUACUAAAACCAGAAGCGCCAAGUAACAAGAAAAGUGAGUACAAUAAUGAGAAAGCCCCUUGUCAAAGUUGUCUGGUGUUUUUUGGGCGUUAUAAACUUACACUAAAUAAACUGAAAGAGCCGCCAAGCUUUCUUCCAUUCGGAAAUUGCGCCGAAUACGAUGUCAUUCGAACCAAUAACUUGAAUUCCGUGCUUCUUGAUCUCAAACAAAACACACAGCACUGGGCGCUGUUCGAAUCAGCGUGUGAGCAUCACUUUCAAGCAUUUAAUCAGCUGACAACGAUUCUGGAGGAAGGUGGUGAUCCAUCUGAAAGAAUAAAACUGUAUUAUAAAAAUACAAGCGAGGCAAAAAUUUUAAAAUACCAAAUGUUUGGCCUAAAGUUCAAUCCUCAAUUUUCAUUGGUUGCCAAAAAUUGGCGACCUAACAAAAGACAAGCGAAAAGAAGAAAAACUGUAGCAUGACUGUGCUUCAGACUUAACGAAAAGAAGAAAAACUGUAACAUGACUGUGCUUUAUGACCCGUUUUAAAUAGUAUAUCAGUAAUUAAAGUCAGACCGAAGUUCAGCUAUCAGACUAUAAACAAUUAAGGACGUGCACUUUAACUUUUAUAUAAUCUUAAGUACUUUUUUAUUAUUUUUUAACACUCAAUUUUAUACUUUUCAUCAUGUCAAUUUUGAGGAUGCACGCACAUCUACAGGGUGUAGCUAUAACAAAUUGCGGGACAAUUUUCAAAUGGCCUUCCACAAUAAGGAUUCGGGAAUGUUGGCAAAUGUUCAAUAGAUAUAUUCACAGUAGCUCUUCUCCUUUAAAGAACACUAAUAAAAUUUUGAAAAUUGUUAUCUUCUAAAGCAAAAUGGCUGUUU